GCACAGUGCAGCACAGUUCGUCCUGUCGGGCGGGUUGUACAUGUACGUGUUUCCCGCAGACUUUCCCGGCUUUCUGCCCACAUUGCAAGCUUCCACGGCGACUAACAGAACACGGGAAGUCUUCUGCCGGUUUCACCAUGUUGCCAUGGCAACCUGAUGUGACAAAGACGUCGCCAUGGUAACUGUGUAGCCGCCUGUCUGGUGCCUCGGACCACAGUUCCCACCGCCCCCCGCCGUGCGUGGACCGCCCCAAACCCGCGCCCGCCGGUCGUCAUGAAUGUGCUGUACGUGGUGGGCGUGUCCGAUAGCUGCGUCUCCAUGUUGUCCCUUGUGCUGUUCAUAGGUGCCUUCACGGUGAUGAUGGUCCUGUUCCAUCACUACAAACCCAAGACGGAGAAAGAGCUGGAGGAGGAGAAGAGGAGGGCGAAAGGUCGGCAGGACAGCCUCUGCACCGCGUUCGAGCUUCUCCGCGCGGACAUGUCGCACUUCGACGCCAUUGAGGACAAGUUCAGCAACUACGAGCAGGUCACGAAGGCCAUGAAGGCCGCCGGGCUCGUCUGCUGUAACUUGAUCAUCGGCGUGGAUUUCACGGCGAGUAACGAGUGGCAGGGCCGGAGGACGUUUGGGGGGAAGUGCUUACACGCCCUGUCGGGGAAGAAAAUCUACAACCCUUACCAGAAAGUCAUCUCCACCAUCGGGCAAACCCUGCAGCCGCUUGACGAGGACAACCUGAUUCCGGUCUUCGGGUUCGGAGAUUCUCGUACGAAGGAUAAGGAGGUGUUCCCCUUCAGGCCGGACGGUUCGCCCUGCCAGGGACACGACCAGGUGCUGAUCCACUACGGCGCGAUCGUGAAGGAAGUCGCGCUCAGCGGGCCGACGAGCUUCGCGCCUUUGAUCCACAAGGCCAUCGACAUCGUCCAGCAGCAGAAGGGCUACCACAUCCUGCUGAUCAUCGCGGACGGGCAGGUCAAGGACGAGGGACCCACGAGAGACGCCAUCGUCGAGGCGUCAAACUUCGCCCUCAGCAUCAUCAUGGUGGGGGUCGGGGACGGCCCCUGGGGGGUCAUGAAGGAGUUCGACGACAGGCUGCCGGAAAGGAAGUUCGACAACUUCCAGUUCGUGGACUACCACACGGCGGUGAAGAGGACUCGGUACCCGAGCGCAGCCUUCGCGCUGCACUGCCUGAUGGAGGUGCCGGAUCAAUACAAGGCCAUCUCCAGGCUUGGGUACCUCGACUGCAAACACGUGGAUGCCGGCUGACUUCCGUGCCACCGGAGGAUUACAAACUUAACCUUCAGCUUGCUAAGGAAGAUUGUUUGGUACCAAAUUUGUAUUGAAUACUGGGUUAGGACACACCCAGUGUGUCUUUGUGUAUCUUUUGGCACCCGAUAUCAGCCAUGCUGCCUGGGUGGCCAAUGUAUUGCCUCGUUGCAAUAUUGAAU